UCAACAAACAACAGGUGGGUACAAAACUACUAUAGUUAAAAGUAGUAAACUACCACAGAUUAUAUUAUGAAAAUUUCGUAUAAUCUGUGAAAUUUGUAGAUUGAACUGACGUGCGGCGUACCGGCGUCUCGCGUUCAGCACCUGAGUCUCAUACUCUAUACAUAUUUCGUUUUUACUUGUGGCUUGCAUGACGAUUGACGAGCACCUUACGAAGUAAAUGUUUUUUCAUCACGGUUACUUAUCGCUAGUUUGUUAUAAUAGUUGUUACUUCCUACUUGUUUGCGGGGUCGUUAUUCGUGCGCCAUCUUGUAUACUACUAAUGUUACUGAUUUAAACUAAAUCGUCGGCUUGCCAGUAACAUCACAGAAUAAUUUAUUCCGUGGCACAGACUUCUGACUAUACUACACUAUAUGAUAGUCAACGCGGACAUCCUUUAACGUUAAUUUUCGUUAAAAGUCUCGAGUCACCAUUUCGAGUUUUCGUUGACUUACGCGUAGAAAGCAUUCUACAAUUUACUGUCUCUACUGUACGUCUGGAGCCGAAAUUUUAGAUAUGUACAACUUACCGAGCCUGGUAAAAACAGCUUAUUACGCCUGCAACAGGGCCGAGCGUAACAAAUUCGACUUGGCGGAAGCACCGGACGUCGACUUGCGAUAUUGUUGCGAGUCGCUUUUCGAAUUCUUAAAAAUCAACAAGAACCUAGACGAGGGCGACGGUAGGCGCACCAUGUACAGCCGGUCGCAGUUCGAAGUCGCAGACAAGAGGUUUAAAUACGUUUGCGAAGAAGCAGCGUUGCAUGGGCACAUCGAUUGCCUGAAACUCGCCCACGAGAUUGGUCUCCCGUGGGACGUUACGACGUGCAACAACGCUGCAUUGAAUGGUCACUACGAAUGUUUGAGAUACGCAGGGAUAAACGGGUGUCAGUGGGGUUUUGACACGUGCAGCAACGCUGCCUUGAAUGGUCAUCUGAAGUGCUUGAAGUAUUUAAGGAGGCACCGUUGCCCGUGGAACCAGGCAACGUGCAGCAGCGCUGCAUUGAACGGGCACUUGAACUGCCUGGUCUAUGCGCGGAGACACCGUUGCCGCUGGAACCAGGCGACGUGUAGCAAUGCUGCGUUAAAUGGUCAUCUGGAUUGCCUGGCGUACGCACGGGAGAACUAUUGCCCGUGGAAUGUGGACACGUGGAGCAGUGCCGCAUCCAAUGGUCACCAGGCCUGCCUGGCUUAUGCGAGUGAAAACGGGUGCCCAAGACCGUCGGGUGAACCCCAGCCAAAAAAAUAUUGGGAUUAUGGUGUUGUUUUAGUUAAAUAAAAUAACAAUAGGAACCUACUACUUAGACUACGCUAAUUCCAACAAUAUGUAGCAACUCGAUUUGCAUUCCGACAAAAUAUUCUAAUUUUUCUCAGCAUGUACGAGGGAAUGAUUGAGCCAUAUCUUCACAAUUGACACUAGUUUCAACAUUCAAUGGUUUCUACUUGUUGUAUCAGUAAUUAAAAAGUAAUUAAUUUCAAUUUGCUAACAUUUUUAAAAUUUGAAGUCAGGAAAAACGAUUAGUUGUCAUAUAAAACUAUUAAUUGAGUAAGGGCCUGUUUUACAAUCAUAGUUUAAACUUCGGUUACGCCUAACCCACUGAUUUAACCGGCCGAAUUCGGUGGUUUAACCUUAGUUUAACGAUUGUAAUACGAGACCUAAGUAAGUGGACGGUAGGUAGGUAUGUAAUAAAAAAAUUAAGAUAAAACUGCAUAUUUAAUGCAUAAUCAAUCAAAAUAACUUGAUAAUAAAUUUCCUAUGGGCGACAUCCCUUUUUUGGAUACCAAUUUACCUAGAUUCAAAUUAUUGCCUACUAGAAAGUAAUUUUUAAAAUUUCAUAAAUAUUUGAGCAAUGGCAAUUCCAAGGGUUGUGGCAAAGGGGGAAUUUGCCCCCCAAUCAUCGUAGUUUCCCUUUGUUCUUUACUGUGUUUAGCCAAUUUUGUAUUUUUUGUACUUUUGCCCCCCUCCCAAAUUAAGCCCUGGAUCCGUCACUGUAUUUAAGGCCAUGGUCUACAGAAAAAAAAAUUAUAUACCUAUACAUAAAACAUUUUUUUUUUAUGUAAAAGUACAAUAAACUUAGUUAUUGAAAACCCUAUUUAAAAAAAAUUUUAAUUAAUUAUAUUAUAAAGAUAAUUAUUGCAAUAACAGGUAUAUCAUUAUCUUUUUUUUUUAUAAAGAAUUCUAUUUUUAAAUUUUAGAUAUUUGAAUUUUUUUUUUGUUAUAACAAUUUAUUGUAGUUCCUCACGAUAAUUUAAGCAUAAAAUAUGUAAUUAUGUACAAGUUACAAAAACUAAAAUGUCAGGAACUUUAUGAUUUUUCAUAUUAUGUUAAGUUAUAAGUGUUUUAAGAUGGACAUCUUACACACUGGUAACAGCCAACAAGUGAUAUGAUAACCAAGUCAAAAAUUCUAAAUAUGUAUUAUUCACGGACUAAGAUAGAAUGGACUGAAACAAAAGCCUAAUCACUGAAUCGCUUAAGGUUACAAGGCCUUUACAGGGGGAAUGGGGCAAGUGUAAAUCUAGCACUACCUAUAUUUGUUUAUCUAAUUUAUAUGAUGAAUUUAGGUAGUGUAGAUUCGUACUAACCCCA